GCUGCUUUUGCGGGGCGCACUAUGGCGGCCCAGGACGCCACUCCAGGCAGCCAGUCAGAGGAGAGCAAUACUUUGGAUCUGCCAUCAACCUGUGACAUAAGAGAUUACGUGUUGCAGAGACCUGGCCAGGAGCCCAACAGCGAGGCCUUUAGUUCUGUGGAAGCCUUUUCUACUCCUUGCUCUUCUGAAGUGGAUCCAGACAGCAGUAACCUAAAUGCUGCACAAAAUGACUCCUGGACCUCUGAGAACUUCUGGCUUGACCUUCCUGUAAAGGGCCAACCAGAGACCAAGGAAGAGGAUGAUGGCCUUCGGAAAUCCCUGGAUAGAUUCUAUGAAAUGUUUGGCCGUCCACAGCCAGCCUCCGGAGACCCACUCUCCACAUCUGUCUGCCAGUGUCUGUCUCAGAAAAUCAAUGAACUGAAGGGCCAGGAGAACCAGAAGUCAUCUGGCAGUGUUCAACUCUCUCAGACUCUACUUUCUUCUCCAGGGGAAAAUCCCUUUCCCUAUGCAUCAGAGAACUCAGUCUUCAUGAGCAAGUUUACAUUCACAGAAAGAACACGUGCAAGUGAUCCCAGUGAGAGCCCCUUUGGGGUAAAUGAUUCUGUUGCCAAAUAGGCUUAUGGACCAGGAGUCAGGCCUGUUUACCUGUUUGCAACCCACUGGCCUUAUUCUCUCUCUGCUUUUUUCUUAGACACCUGAGAGCUGUGCAUUGGAGGUAGUGGUUUUACCAGCAACUGAACCAAGAACUCUCCAAAUCCCCCCAAGUGAAUCCUUUCUAACCACUGCCUCACCAGGUGGUGCAUUCACAGAAGACACGAGAUUUAGGAUCCUUCCUCUCUCUGUUAUUUUUUCCUCUGCCUCCUUCAACAUUUGCAUUUAGU